GUGCUGCGAUGACGCGGUGGUCAGGUGUUGCUUCAUAUAACGCAGGGGGAGCUGUCCAAGUGCUGAACAGACAGCAGAACAUCCGCGCUCUGAGGGAGAUGCCACACGCGUUCACUGCUGCUUAAGCUUUAUUACCAAAGGUAAUCGCCUAUAAUGCUGCAUCUCCACCUGAAGUGUCCCGCGGGGGGGGCCGCAGUGCUCGCCCUGCUCCUCCACGCCUGGGUCGGGCCGGGCGCCUCGCUCCCCCGCCACCACCGCUUCCGAGGCGGGGACGGCGGUGAAGCACCCCCCGCUGCCUAUCCGCCCAACUCCGACAUGAUGAAAGCCCUGGAAUACAUUGAAAACUUGAAGCAACAGCGGAACGGCGGCGGCGGUGGCGCCGGUGGCGGCGGCGGCGGCGGCGGCCGAGACGAGCCCAUGGACUACGACGAGGUGGACAAGUUCCGCGUCCUACUCCAGCUCGCCUCGCUCCAGGACGAGGGCGCCGCUAACGGGCAGCCUCAGGUUCCCCCGCCCCGACCGGAUGUGUCCGCCGAGCAGCUGGUGAAAGCCCUGCUGAAGACCCUCCAGGAUCAGGCCGGGAGGGGCGCCCAGUCCGCCCCGGCGCCGGCACCCGCGGCAGCCGAACCCAGAAACGACCGCCGCGCCUACAGACAUCGCACCGGCGUCGCAACCGGCACCGGCACCGGCCCCGGCGGCCCCGUGAGUCCGCCUUCAGAGUUCGGGAACUUCCCCCGACCCCACAAGAAGUACCCGCUGAUGUUCGAGGACGAGGAGAACCGGGACGCGUACAAGAGAGCCACGGAGGACCUGGACGAGCAGUACACGCCGCAGAGCCUCGCAAACCUGCGCUCCAUCUUCGAGGAGCUGGGGAGGAUGCCCACCACGGUCACCGGCCAGAGAAGAGAGCUGGCCGGAGGGGACAACGAGGAGGAGGAGGAGGAGGAGGAGAUGUUCAACCCCAGGAACCUGGCAUACGAGGACGUGGCCGGAGGGGAGGACUGGCUACCGAUGGAGGAGCGGGAGGAGACGGAGGAGGUGGAGAACCGGAGCCACGAGGAGUUCGACCGAGGCCUGCCGGACGGAUCCGAUCAGGAUGAGUUAGAGCGGGAGGAGCUGCAGCGUCGGGCGAGCCAGAACCAAGAGGACUCCGAUGACGACACAAAGCUGGUGGAUUACUACCUGUUGAAGGUGCUGGAGAUGAGCGACCAGACGCAGAAGAGAGAUCAGACCGGAGAUCAGAAGCAGAAGAGGCUGAUCCGCCCCUCCAUCCUGGACCCCCGGACGGUUAAAGAGCUGCUGCAGCUCUCGCUGAAGCUCCACGUGCCUCCUCAGGACUUGAUCGAUAUGCUGAUCACAGAGGAGAUAAGAAAGCUGCACCGCCACCCCCAAGCGUCCCCCCCGUACCGGUCCGGCCAAACACCCAAGAUCCGGUACUACAGCCGCAGACUGCCGCUGAAGAAUAAACCUCCCCCCGAGGACAUGGACAGAGAAGACUUCCUGGACAUUAUCGGCGUGGAGACCAUUAGUAACGAGUAUCCUGUGAUUCGGAGACCAGCAAAGCCCAUUUCAUCCAUGGAUAAAGUGCCUGCGCAAUCCGUCUCGGUUGCAAACUCAGCACCGGCCCCAGCUAAAGUCUCCUCUCCCUCCGGGCGCCGGGAGAAUUUAUUCUUAUCCGAGCUCAACAAAAUGCCUUUCAAACGAGAAAGGUCAGAUAUUGGCGAUGACGACGAUGACGUAGAAGACGAGGUGACGACUUACCUGGCCGCCAAAAUCCUCACCGAGUACCCGAACCCCAUCUCCAAGCGGGACACGCAGGCGCAACGCAAAGGACCGUUCCCGUACGAAUUAUACGAGCAGGCCAUGAAAGACUACCUAGACCAAGUGGACACUGAGAAAGUUGCCAAAAGAGAAUUGGAAGGCGAACCAGAAGAUAGCGUCAGCCCCACAGAGAACCAGAGUACAGAGGAGGAGGCCCUGGACAAGACGUCCGCCCCACAAACUGUGAACGAAGAGGAGAAACCGCGCGGGAAACAAAUGGCAGGAAUGUAGCCCGACAGUUAGCACGAGAACAAAUGAAAUAAUAAGGCUAGCAUCGGUCGAAAUUAUGAAUAUGAUAUGUUUAUACUGUUUAAAAAAACCAAUUACCUGUCUGGUGGACGUGAUCUAGUUUACAUUACAGAGUUCUAUUAUAUGAAAUAUAGCCGGUAUAUUAUGAGCAUACGGGGCUGUGAGCGAGUGGUGUUGUGACUCGUUAUAUAUUCAGGGUUCGUGGUUUCGAUGUUAUAAUUAUUUCAAAUUAUUUACAAAUCUCAAAUCAGACCGUCGCCUGCCUUCCAACCCUUUCAUAUUGCAAAGCUCUGUAUUGUUGGCCUACCAGUUGUUGUGCUAUAUAUGCUCAUUUUUAAACCAUUUUGUACAUGUUAAAUAAUGUGUGGUCAGAGAUUAAUAAAGCAUCAGCGGUAUUAUUUUUC